GCAACAGCAUGAGGAUGCCAUCGUGGACAAUUCAGACUUCGAAAAAAAAAUGCAAGCCGUGGAUUUGGAAGCCACGCCGAGUAAUUCCAUGUGCUGCUUAUAGUUCUUCCAUUCGUCAGGAAUGGGGGUUUUGUUCGAAUCAUACCCGUAGUUUCUAGGGGAUUUCGAAUGCAGUGUUGUCACUCUGUUCUUAGGUCUGAAACUCGUGAAUUCCCCUCAUCCAGAAUCUUUACGGUGUGGAUUCAGUCUCGGAAGCUUCGACUUCUCAUCGAUUGGAUCAUCCGGAGCUCUCAGCCUGGAACUGACAUCGUGAAGGUUCUGGAGGCAGCCAUGUUUCGAUCUAGGGCGGUGUAUUUCUUCACCCUGGUGCUCUUGGUGGCUGCAGAUGGGCCGGGGUGUCAUGUUCUUGCAACAUUAGAUUUCACCCUCGGUACGCUGGAAUCUCCAUUUCAGUGCAACGCACAAGGAAACCUGUGGUGCGAAGGAAACGCUUCUGAGAGCUCCGGCGAAACACUGCAUUUGACACCCGAUCAGAGAACCCAGUCUUUUGAGUUCUACUAUAACACCAAGGGCAUGGCUCUGUUCUCCCUUCCAGUCCACAUGGUUGAUGCAAGAGGUCGAUGGUUGUCCUUCAGCACCCAUUUCAGAUUUGAAAUAGAGAGUCUGAUUGAGAAUUUUCGUGGCGAUGGAUUGGCCUUUGUGAUGCUCAAUAGACAAGUGCCAGGAUUUUCCGGGGGUUCACUCGGGAUUUAUGAUCAAGCUGGUUGUCAGUUAGUCCAGACAUUGGCCAUCGAGUUCGACACCUUCCAUAACCAAGAAUUCGAAGACAUGAACAACAAUCACGUGGGUGUGGAUCUGCAGCGUGCAAUUUCCAAAGUCUCCAGAGAUGCUCAUGAAGCGGACAUUGAUCUUGCUGGCGGCAGAACCAUCGAUGCUUGGAUCGACUACCAUGCCAUUUCAGAGGUAUUGGAAGUACGAAUUGCUCUUCAUGACACGAAGCCGAAGGAGUCCUUCCUCACGUACCCACUGGCGCUAGGUGACGUCUUCCCGGAGAGUGGGAAAGUGUACGUGGGAUUUUCUGGGUCUAAUGGCUUCUGUAACUGCCACAAUUUUUACUCCAUCCACGACUGGAAAUUCCGGGCUUUCUCAGAGAUUUCUAAAAUACUUCACCUUGUAGAGAUCAUCGGAGGUUUCUUCAUCGUGAUUGUGAUUAUUAUAGUGCUGAUCUGUAAGCUUGUAUCCCGAGAACAGCCCUAUACUUCAGUUCCUGUGGAUGAUGACGAGCCAUGUCGGCGCUAUAGCAUCGAAGAGCUCGUCGCGGCCACCAAAAACUUCGAUUCAUCACAGAAACUCGGAGAAGGUCGGUUCGGGAGUGUGUACAGAGGGUUUGUCAGCCGCAGAUCAGAGGCUUGUGCCGGAGGGAGUGAGGUGGCGGUCAAGAAAUUAAGAGGUAGCCAGGAGAAACACAUAUUCCACAGGGAAUUGAAGGUAAUCAAGAAGGUGCAACACAAACACAUCGUGAGGCUGCUGGGGUGGUGCGAAGCGAACGAGGGAGUCGUCAUGCUGGUAUACGAACUCAUGCCGAACGGGAGCUUAGACAAAGCUCUGUUCACUCCCAACGCGGACCUUGUGUUGUCUUGGACGCAGAGGUACACAAUACUCCUCGAUGUCGCAUCAGCCCUUCUUUAUCUCCAUGAGGAGUACGAACCGCCGGUCAUCCACCGUGACAUCAAGUCUGGUAAUAUCAUGCUGGAUAAAGAUUACAGAGGCAAGCUGGGAGAUUUUGGUUUGGCUCGACUGGUAAAUCAUAAUAAAGAUUUGAAAACUACCAUGCCGUUUGGGACUUUUGGUUACCAAGCUCCGAAGACUCUAGAAGGAGAGUUUACAGAUAAAAGUGAUGUAUUUGCAUUUGGAAAGGUGAUGCUAGAAAUCGCUAGUGGUAACAGAUCUUCAAAUUGUCAUUGGAACGGUGACAACACAUCCAAUUGGGUGAAGAGCGACAUCGAGGUACGAAAUUUCGUUGACAGCAGACUAGGCCGCAAUUAUGAUAAAACUGAAGCUGCGGUGGUGAUCCAACUUGGCCUUUUGUGCUGCGAUGAUGAAGAUAUACGAAGGCCCACGAUGCGUGCGAUCAUGUCCUGCCUGAAAACCAGGAAGCUAACUAGUCUUUCUGCCGAUGGUUCACCGACACGAAAACCUGCUCAAUACGCUUCCUCCACAUCCAAACCCCUUCUCAACAAAUAGCUGCUGAACUUUGAGCCUGACGUAGCAGCAUAUCCUUCGCUCAUUUUGAAAGAAAUAUUUUUGUGGCUGUAAUCUAAGUAGGUGAUUGAUUUGGAUUCUAUGGCGCAGAGAAACGAUGGUAAUCUCAAUAUUUGUAGCUUCAUAAUGUCAGGUCAGAGAAUUAUAGUCAAUUAUAUCAGGUCUACAGAAGAGGAAUGCCUGCUGCGUGUGAUAAGCAUGACUUCUGCAUAGAAAUGGUUUGCCUUUCAAGCCAAACAUUGGUUACCGAGGAGAUGGGUGGCACAGAAAAGAUAAAUUCGAGGUUGUUGCCCCCCACAGUGAGUGAAGGCCAUGUUAUCAAAUAAUAACAAUCGGUUGUUGUACUGCCAUGUUGCAGUAGCUAGAAAUGAAUGGAAAUAAACAUGUAGAAAGUAUACCUUCUCUCUAGAUGUUGACCUUGUUAUUCUACAGUGAAAUCUCUUGAGGACCAGACAAGAUUACAGCAUCGCUUGCGCUUUACAAGACAUUAACUAUGUGUUCGACGCUGGAGCAUGGAUCAUAAAUAUAAAGUAGAAGUACAUGGAUGAAGAUAUGCACACACAAAAGCAUAAUUUUCGUCCAUCAAUUCUCAGUGAAAUAUAUGGAAGACGAUCAGAAUCAGCUCGAACCUUGAAGACUGAGCUGUGUCCUGCCACAAACUUGUAGGACUCAAACACACAUAUGGCCGAGAUCAAAAUGCAAUGUAAUCGCACGAGACUCCUGAACGGGCGAUUGAACGACUUACGCAGAACGCUGUAGUUUUGAGGUCUUGAACACA